GUCAGAGACAGAGACAUGGUCAAUGGUUUUAGGUGGAAAACUAGCCGCAACACCUACCAUUUUCCUCUCUACACUUUUCCUUUCACCCCAUCAUUACCCUUAACCUUAGAGCCACAUAUUCUGUUCAUGGCUUUCAAACCCAAUUAAAAAAAUUAUUAUUAUUUAUCCAUUACCAUGUUAGGGGAGGAAACCAACGACCGCGCCGCCGGUCACCGGAGAACAUAUUCCCGCUCAGUUUCUUGGACUGACCGGUCUCCAGUUAUCCGGAAGCCUUCGGCGCCGGGGAACACCAAACCGAGAGCGUUGUUGCCACCGCUUCAGCCACUUUCCAUCAACAAACGCAGCGUUGAGGAGUGGCCAAGUGCUGGAUCUGAUGAUCUCGGAGUUUGGCCUCUUCCACAGACCCCAAGAGGGUCAAUAAUAAACCCGGGUUCGGGUUCGGGUUCGGGUUCGGGUCAACCCGUUAAGGAGUUUCAGUUGAGGAGGGACAAGUUGGCCUUUUACGACAAAGAGUGUUCCAGAAUAGCGGAGCACGUGUACUUGGGGAGUGACACGGUGGCCAAGAACCACGAGCUUCUGAGGCAGAACGGGAUCACGCACGUGCUUAACUGCGUGGGCUUCGUUUGCCCCGAGUAUUUCCAAACCCACUUCGUGUACAAGACACUGUGGUUGCAGGAUAGUCCCUCUGAGGACAUCACAAGCAUUCUCUAUGAUGUUUUUGAUUAUUUUGAGGAUGUUCGACAGCAAGGUGGUCGUGUUCUUGUUCAUUGUUGUCAAGGGGUUUCGAGAUCAACCUCUUUGGUUAUUGCUUAUCUCAUGUGGAGGGAGGGUCAGAGCUUUGAGGAUGCGUUUCAGUAUGUGAAGAAUGCGAGGGGUGUCACCAAUCCUAACAUGGGUUUCGCUUGUCAACUCUUGCAGUGUCAGAAAAGGGUACAUGCUGUUCCUGCGAGUCCUAAUUCUGUUCUUAGGAUGUACAGGAUGGCUCCUCAUUCCCCUUAUGACCCUCUUCAUCUUGUUCCUAAAAUGGUUAACCACCCUUGUGCACAAGCACUUGAUUCUCGUGGGGCUUUCAUUGUUCAUGUUCCUUCUGCUAUAUAUGUGUGGAUUGGGAAAGAUUGUGGUUCUGUUAUGUCUUGUAAUGCACGAUCAGCAGCUGUUCAGGUUGUGCGUUAUGAGAAGGCAACGGGUUCGAUUCUUAGUGUUGUUGAGGAUGAAGAGCCACCAGGUUUUUGGGUUGCUCUUUCUACUAACCAACAAUUGUUAGCAGGUGAUUGUGAAAAAGAGGUUAAGAAGGAUGUAAGGUUGAGUUCUUUGGAGAGAAUGGAUAUUGAUGAUGCAGUUGAUGUGGGAAUUCGUCCCAGGAAAGUUGAUGAGUAUGAUUUGGAUUUUGGAAUUUUCCUCAAGGCUCUUGCUGGUGGGGUUGUUCCACCUUUUUCUGUGUCUAGCACUGGAUCAGAAACUUGCCUUCCUGCUAGAGAAAACGGUUGGGGAAGGCUUACAAGAAAGCUUGCGAGUGGCAUCAUGAAAGGGUUGUUCACAUCCUCUAAGUAUGAAUCGAGUGUGGACAUGGAAGAAGAAAAUCAACAUUCUUUAGGCGAUCCUUUAGCACCACCAUCUUCAAACCAUCUUUGUAGUUCUAGGAAUUCCUUUGAAUGUUUUCUAGAUAACAGCUCGGAAAGGGGGAAACAUACCCUUGAAGUCAUGGAUCACUUUGUUCCUAGUGUUGAUUCAUCAUUGCCACCAUCCCCUCAUCGACCUGAUUCUUUUCCAUGUUUUAUAAACAGCAGCCCUAAAUUUAGUUGCAAGUCACCAACACUUUCACCCUCCAGUUCUGAUUAUGCUAGUUCCUUCACAUUUUCACCUUCCUCUACAAAUUGGUCUGACUUGUCAUUCGUGUCUUCUCGGCAGCCAUCACCUUCUGGCCUGGAAUCAGCCGAACCCUUUUAUGUUAAAGAUGCAUCUUUCGCAGAAAGUUCUUCUUUACUUCACAAAGAAGCUGUGUCGUCUUCAUCUUCAGAAGCAUUUUUGGCUAAUCACACCUUGGAAGGGGCAAACUCUUGUGUGCCAUGCAAAGGAUCUUACCCCUCCAUUGCAGAGCGCAGAGGGAGUAACCCGCCACCUCGCAUGUUGCUACCGUCGGCCAGUGAACCAUCUCAUUCCCACAAGAUCCAGGUAAGAUCACAGUCAUUGUCUUUGCCUGACUUGGAUGAUAAUCUGAUGAAGGAUGUUAGUUGCAAGCAAUCUGACCGCGAAAACAGUGGAAAAUGGCUAAUAUCAGAUGCUGAUGUUAUUAGUGAAGCUGUUGAAAAUGAGGUUAAUGGUAGAGGAUCGUCGUAGUGUGGCACUAUGUCAUGUAACAUGAUAGCUAUGCUUGAGGUAGAAGACUUUUUUAAGAGAAAACUAAAUGUUCAGUUUCAUCCUGUAUAGCCAUAGUUGGGCUCAAAUUUAAUCCAUUUUCAGAGGUUAAUCUGCACUCUUGUCUGAAUAUUGGUGCAUGCCUGCAAGGUGUAGCUUAGGU